UGCGCUACAAUUACUUUGGCUUCGAGCACGCGUAUUGCUACUACCCGGUCGAGUUUAGAUGCCAGUUGUUGCUUCUGCUGCGGAAGAGCGCGGAGGACAUCUGAUGCGGAGCGGGUUGGCGCGCCAGUUCAAUGUUCAAGUGCAGCCCGGGCGCACACCGGACGGGGCCGUUUCUGUGCGCGGCUGCGCGGGCGACGUUUUUCUGCGUUCCGUUUUCGAAAUUCGAACAAUAAUACCGCAUCUGUUUAAUCUGUGAACUGUUGAACUCUAUCUCAAUAGACCAUAUCAGUGAUCAGUGGUGUUGCAGCGGUGUCUGUCUAUUGUAUAACUUCCCGCUAAACUAAGAAACCGUUGUUUUUAUUUGGGUCAAAUAGAAAAGAUGUGAGCGUGUUAUGUGAGGGUAGCUCGCGAAAAGACUUGUGUUGUAAUGGACUCGAGUGCAGUGCAGUGACGUCAUCAUGCAUACCAUGGACACCAUGAGCUACGGCCACAAGAAGUACCGGCCACCGCUCUCGCCGACCAACUUCUACCAGCAUGACUAUUACUCCAGGCAUACGACUCUUCGUCCUCAGAGUGAAUACAGAUUCGCGGGCGGAGGGUACCCGCACACGAGCAGCGGCAGUCGGAGCGGAGGGUUGUGCUCCGCGGCGCUGGUCGGGGGCGCACUUCUAGCGGCCGUGGCGGUGCUGGCCGUGGCAGCCCUGGCUUUCUACAUGGGAGCGCUUAGGCCGGAUAAUGGAGAACCUAUGAUGGCGUUCGAGGGCACGCUGCGUGUGACGAGAGGAGACGUGUACGGCGGAGCGCCCGGGAGUCCGGCAUGGCGGGAGCGGGCGCGGCGCUACGGGACUGCGCUGAGACAGGUGUACGCGGCGCCCUCGGCGCUGCGGCAGGCCUUUGCUGGGGCCAUCGUCACCGGCUUCGGGGACCGAAGACUUGAUGUGCAUUUUAAGCUAUAUCUUGAUAGGAGAAAAAUACCUAGCACUGUAUCGAAUAUUGAAGAAACUCUUAAAAAUAUUUUAGUUCAAGAUAUAUUAUCAAAACAUCCGGCAUUUGGACCAACAAUAAAAAUAGAUACGUCGAGUAUAGUCAUAAAACGUGAUUUAGAACAUACAUAUCAUUCAGAGUCCUUCGUAAAAGAAGCGAUGAACGAAAGCAUGGCUACCAACUACCCGAAGGCUCUUCCACCACAAAAUUCUAAAGACAAACCAACUCAAACAAGAGUUGGAGUUGUGCGGAAAACUACUGUAAAACCUGGUAAGAAAAGUGAUCCUGACGAACCAGAGAUUGAUACUGAAAAUAUUCCAGUAGUCCAAGGUUCUUUCCAAAUCACGAAGACGGAAGCGGAUAUAACGGAAAAUAAACAACCGUCUAGUGGCUCUAUUCGACACGAUGAAAAGACGAGUCAUCGAGGAACUGUUUCAAAAACAAGCACUACUCCACGGGCACCAGUAACUAAGCAAUCUAAAACAACCACUACGAAAAGGCCACCUACUACAACAAUAAAAGCUCGGCCUUUUACUGUAACAUCAACGAUAAAUAUGAAAACAAGAACUGAACCGACGUCUAAAAAAGAUACAAGUACCAAAAGUAUAGUGACAUAUGCUACCUCAACCCCGAUAUCAACAACUUCCAGUAUGACUACAACAAAUAACGUAUCACAAAUAUUGUUGGACCUUUUAACGAACGAAAAUCAUUACAAAGAUUUACCAAAAAUUGAUACAUUAUUCACAGUUCCACAUGUUGAUAUAGAUAACGAACCAUGGCGACCUAUUACGAGACCUUAUUAUGAAACUACAAGUGUUAAAAUUCCUCAACAAGACGAAUUAAUUGAGCAAAAUGCUGAAGACAGGAUAGGGGUAGCUGAAGUUGUAGAAGAUAUAUCUGUAUUAGAAAGCAUGUUGACUCCCAUACCUCCAGUUAAAAAUAGAGAAAACAAACAAACAACUCGCAAACCAACGGAGAUGUUCAAUGUGGAUCCUGACUUGGCAGCACAUGUAUAUGUCCCGAGCCCUGUAUAUACAAGUUUUACAUUGCCAACAUAUGCACCACCACUAAAAAAUAUGGAAACAUUAGGUUCGGGGUACGUUAAACCCCACCCUAUACCUGUAGAUAAAAUAAGCUCCGUUGUUGAAGUUUCAUCAGAUAAUUUAAAUGACGAAGAUGAUGGAAAACCAGUAGAAAGACCACCAAAGGAAAAAACAACGUCAGCAGUAUUGAAUGUUAAAUUAGAUAAACUAGACAAUUACACAAAGGCAAUAUCAAUUGAAGGUGCUUCAAUAUUAAAGAAACACAAUAUAACACAUAUCCCUGUAAAUACCAUUUCUACAACAGACAUUAGCAGUACAGCAACAACAAUUACGAAUGUGAGCACAAGUAAUUCAGAAAUCACCAGUGAUAGCACUAGCUCUGUCAUUACUUUAACUAGUACUAGUCAAUUUACUUAUCCUACGAGUACCUCGACUACAACGUCAACAAUACAGACUUCAUCAAUUGACACAAUACAAGGAAAAGAAAGUGAAGAUGAACUACCCAACAUCGACAUGGAUGAUUCUAACAAAAAUUACCAUAAUAGUGAUUCCAAGGAACAUGUAACUAGGCGACCAAAUAACAAAGUAUCUAUUAUUCCAACAACUGCUACACCACAUCAUACGUGGGAGUUAGUAAACACUUCUACCAAUAAAAAUGAUACAUUUAGUAAAAUUUCUCCCGAAAAAUAUUACAAUGAUACCUUACAAGCAAUUAUUACAAAAAAUGAUGCUGUUAUAUCAAAUACAACACCACGUUUUCCUAGCAAAAUGUCUUUACUACGAAAUUUGACUGAAAUUAUAAGAAAAUAUUCACCAAAUACAACUGAAAAAUCUGUUAAGGAACUGAACAAUAAACCGGUCAAUGAUUUUGAUUCUCCGGUAAGGGUAACAGGGUCAGUACAAGUUGUACCCGAUGAGAUCUUACCAAGUACGACUGCAGCAGUUAUUACUCUUCUUCCAGCAAAAUCUAAUUUAGGAGUGAAUCGUCCAUUGAGACCUCGACCAAAAAUAAAUAUAGAAUCCCAAACUCCUAAGGAAACUAUUCGUAGUUUUUUUCGUAACGACCAAGAAACCCAAAAAAUAAUAAAUGAACUAAGCACAGAACAUUAUGCCCAAAUUAUAAAAAACACUCCACAAGACUCCUUACACAACCUUCAAUCUUCUACGAUCGAUGAUGAAAAAGUUACUGAAGAACGAAUGGUUUAUGCUACCGUUACUGAAAAUACGAAAGUUACUAAUUCAGCUGAUUUUUUACCAAGUAGUAAAAGACUUCCCAAGUCUAGUGAUGAUUUGAAUGAAUCAGACAAUAAUAGUGUUGCUUCGGAACUUAUAAGAUUAAAUAACGAAACUCACGUGCCCGAAGGUACCUACAGAGUUUCUUAUCAUGUUACAGGGAGCGUUAGUACAAAACAGGCAAAUAAAACUCAAAAUCUACCAGCUUAUGAAUUGGCCUUAGAACCAGACGUUGUUUUGGAGAUACCAGUAAACCAAUCGAGUAGUCUGACAAUAGACAAGUUAAAACAACUAGCAAAUUUGGCAACUAUUUCUGAUUCUAAUAACAACACUUUAUUUCGAGCUCCUGGUGGAGUAAUUUCUACAAAAGCAAUUCCUUCCAGUUACACUUUAAACCAAGCUGGGUUUAAAAUUCUAACAAAAACAUUCAACAAAGUUCAUAACACAAAAGACGAAAACAGUCUAGAUAAACCUGAAAAAUCGUAUAGUAAACCCAUUAAACCACAAAAAGAAAAUGCCUUAGAGAAGGAAAUUAAAGAAGAAGAAUGUCUGAAUGCCACAUCAUUUCGUUGCAACUCCGGCGCCUGUUUGCCAUUAACAUCUCGUUGCAAUCGUCUAUUGGAUUGCCCUGGAGGGGAAGACGAGCGCGCCUGCUCUUGUGCAGACUAUCUGAGGGCUGAAUUUUCGCAAGCUAAAAUCUGUGAUGGCGUUGUGGAUUGCUGGGACUAUUCAGAUGAAAAUAAAUGCGAUUGGUGUGAAGAAGGCCAGUACGUUUGUUCCAAUGCACAACAGUGUAUAGAAAUGGCAAAAGUUUGCGAUGGUACGCCUGACUGUCCGCUUGGUGACGACGAGAAAAGCUGUGUAGCACUUGCUGAAGAAUUGGAGGACAAUGAGGUUGUGCCUUAUAAUGAGGAAGGUUUCGUUAUGGUGCGAAAGAAAGGUGUUUGGGGUCGACUGUGCGUGGAGAGCUUUAACGACGUGGUGACGCAGGCUCACUCUUCUCUCAAACUGCCGGAUCUUGGCAAAGCCGUCUGUCGAGCUAUGACGUUCCAGGACUCUCCAUGGGCACGAGAGGCGCGGGAAGGUCGCAAAGCCAGCUCGGCCGGGUACUGGGAGGUGUGGCACAACACGGCAGCGCGCGCGUCGGACACGAGGCUGUCGUUCAGGAGAACUUCGUGCUCGCGUCGUCGCGCGUUGCGCGUGCGUUGUCAGGACCUCGACUGCGGGAUCAGACCGCAUGCUGAUGCGCAACAGCCAAGUGUGCGUGUGCGCUGGAGCAGGGUGGUGGGCGGCGGCGGUGCGGCGGCGGGUGCGUGGCCAUGGCAAGCGGCGCUAUAUCGCGACGGAGACUUCCAGUGCGGCGCCACGCUUGUCUCUGACCAGUGGCUGCUCUCCGCCAGUCAUUGCUUCUAUCAAGCAACAGAAGCCCACUGGGUUGCACGGUUAGGAGCGCUGCGUCGCGGCGCGUGGCCCCGCGGUCCCUGGGAGCGGGUGGCGCGGAUCCGCCAGGUGGUCCUGCACCCGCGGUACCAGCCGCGUGGCUUCCGCAACGACAUCGCGCUCCUGAGGACCGACCCGCUGUCCCUCCACGCGAGACUCCGCCCCGCUUGCCUGCCCCCGCCCCGCUCCCAGCCUCCAGCGGGACAUUAUUGCACCGUCGUCGGCUGGGGACAACUUUAUGAACACGAAAGAGUUUUCCCGGACACCCUGCAAGAAGUGGAGCUGCCGGUGAUAUCGACCGCGGAAUGCCGUCGCCGCACGCGGCUGCUGCCGCUGUACCGCGUGACGGACGACAUGUUCUGCGCGGGAUACGAGCGCGGCGGACGCGACGCCUGUCUCGGCGACUCGGGCGGGCCGCUCAUGUGCCAGGAAUCGGGACGGUGGUACAUUUACGGCGUCACCAGCAACGGCUACGGUUGCGCUAGAGCCAAACGUCCCGGAGUAUACACCAAGGUGUCCAACUACAUUGACUGGGUCGACAGUGUCAUCGCGACCUACACGCCGACACGCAACGAUACCGCCAUCAGUGAAGAAUUCACUUCCGACGACGACUUCUCCACUGAUUUAGAAACAGCAGAAAAUAAAAGAAAUCUCAAAAAUUCUUCUAACAAAUUUGACACGUGUAGAGGCUUCCGUUGCCCUCUGGGAGAAUGUCUACCCGCCUCUAGUAAAUGUAACGGUUUUCUGGAAUGUUCCGACGGCAGCGACGAAUGGCACUGCAGCAGACAUACGCUCAACUCCAGCAGAAACGAACCAGACUAACAUUUACAGUUGUUUAAUUACUUGUAAGCCAGUACUUAGGUCAUAGACUAUAUUUUUGAAUUCGACUGAUAUCUUAUAAGUAGAUUUAAGAUAAUCGACUCUAUAAAGCAAUCAUCAAUUUGUUCACGAUUUCACGAAUCAUAUCAGUUCAGCCUAUAGCCUAUGCCAUAUCUGAAGAAUAAGGGCCUUGUUUGUACAUAUAGUUAGUAUAAGCCCGAUCGUUGAUUUUACCACUACAAUUAUUUACAGCUUAAAUUUAUUUAUUGAAAAUUCAUGGGUGCCCUUUUCCGUUUGAAUCGUAAUGAAAAUGGUAACAGUAUUCAAAUGGACGACGUAACCCAUGUUUGACAAACGAAAUAAAAAUUUACAUGUUCUUUAAAACGUAUUUUCAUUCUGACAUUUAUUUUAGUUUAUGACCCAGGAGAAUAUUAAUGGUAACUAAAUAAUAAACCAGCAAGAUUCUUAAAAAUUAAUUUAAUUCUUCGACAAAUAAAUUAACGAAAUGCAAACAUGUAGGUAAUACAAUAUUAUUUAUAUUCUUCCAAAUUAGGAUCGUAAGUUAUUAUCAAGUAUAAAUUAUUACAAUUCUUAUGCAUGACUUCACAAUACAAACAUUAUAAUUAUCGGAAUAAAAAUUAAAUUAUCAUACUGAUCCAUUCUAGAUAAUACUUUCAAUAAAACAUAAAAAUAGUCCUUAAUUAUAAGUAGAUAAUAUUUGGAAAAAUAAUCAUAUAAAAUGAAAAGUUAAUAGAUGAGUGUUAUACUCACAGAUUACACAGGUAAGCAUUAAUAAAAUGAAUAGCAUUCAUAGAAAACGGGGUUUUAGAAU